AGAUUUAGAGUAUUUAGACUGUUAUAAUUCCAAUAUUUUCGAUAGAGGUCGCCAUAUAAUUAACUUUGAAUUUUUGGGUUAGGAAUCAGGAUAUACUUAUUCAAAAUAUAAGUUAGGUUUGAUUUUUUUUAAAAUUAUCUUACAUUGCUUCACCUUGCUUGAUAAAAAAAAAUGAAUUUUGAGGAUUCUUGUAAAACAUCUAUUGGACUUGCUCAAAACUCAAGUGUAAUAAGUGAUGAAGUUUUCAAAAAAAUGCUGGAAAACUGUUUUGCAAUAUUGACUGGAAAGGAAGAAAUUCAUAGUAUUAUGGGCCUUUGUCAGUCCAAACCUGAUGUCCUAAAGGAAUUUUAUGCUGCUCUGCUUCGUGUUUCCGCAGAAUUUGCCAGACGAAGAUCAUCCACAGAAGACAUUCUUCGUUUUCUAAAUACAGAUUGUGGAUUACCUUUAAAGAAAUCUAACUUAUUCACUGAAUAUUUUGACAAAAACAAGCUAGCCUUAGAAACAUCAUUACUGAAUAUAACUGGAGCUCUGCCUCAUGUGACUGAUGUUAAAUGGAAAAUCGACUAUAUUGUGAAGUCAAAUACAAUGGAUUCUUCAGAAGGUCCUAUAUUCAGAAUCAAUUUAAUAUCAGAGAAGUUUGACACAGAAUCCCAACACAAGAAAUUAGAAAAUAUCAUGUUCAAUUGUACUUCCCAAGAGCUGCAAGAUCUAGUAUACAAACUGAAAGAUGCAGUAAGACAUUGUAGUUCUGUUACUCAGCGACUACUUUGACAUAUUUCAAAUGGAAAAUGUAUUCAACAAGGAAACAUGAAUAUUGCUGAAAAUUCAUGCCCUGGAAAAAAAAAUACUUGUACCUAUACAGUAUCUACAAUUUCAAAUUGGUACUACCCUCUAUAUUUCGGCCUCUAUAAAAAUCAAAAAACAUGCAAAAAGGGUCAAAUUUAUUUUUGAAGGGGUCAUUUUAUAGGCUGGUUUUCAAUAAAAUUACAUCCUAGCAGAGGCUAACACAACCCCUAAAAUCUUAAAUGGGUGCUUGGGUUAUACUUCAUUUCAAAGGUCGUUCAGCUAACUUUUCAAAAUACCAAAUACUUGACCUUUCUUUCUAGUACUUUGGGAAAAAUCAAGUAAAACCAUGAAGGUACUCAAGUAUCAAGUGUUUUGCAAUACAACAUAAAACAUUAAUGAAAACUAACUUGUCUUAUUAAAUGUUCGAAAUGUGAUGAA